GCUCGCGUCUCUCCGACGCGAUUGGUUAAGAGCGCGCCAUUUUCUCUCCACGUUCGCGUGCACAGGUUUCCUGUUGAUGUUGAUCAUGGCACCGAUUGCUGAGCACAUGCGUCAGUCUAUUCUGACCCGGUGGGUGCCUCGUUUGUUCGGACCUGGGCAAGUGCCUUAUGCGGUGGGAGCAAGUAGCUCCUCGACYGAGCCGCGUACACGUGCCCAGAUCGAAGCACGAAGAAGUGAACUGGGAGAGCUUCUCUCCCAAUUGCUGGUAGAUAUGGAGUUUGCUGUCCCUGCUGCAAGAGAACACAUCCGGGGUAAAUUUGACCUUGAUGCGAUCUCUGAUCGUUUGGCCAAAGCUACCACGGGUGUGGAGAUGAUAGCAGCAGCGACUGAAAUCCAGAUGGUUAUUAGCCAGUGUCGUCAGAUACUAGACCAAUUUACCAUCCAGCAGUUGGAAGAAAUAGCUCAGCGAAAGGAGGGUGUGCCAGAAGUGAAAGUGGAAAGCAUUGAAGAGAACAUGCAACAGUUAAAGGAGACACUCGCGAAAGAAGAAAAGAAGCGGGAAGGACUGUUGCAAAGAAAAGAACAGGAAACUAGGUUGCAGCAGAGAAUGGGUAGAGUUCAGCAGCACGUUUCUUUGGAUGAGAAGGAUGUCGCCCAGACGCUGGGGCAAAUACUGACGUAUCUGGCUUUCCUUGAGGAGAAAUUGGACCAACAGCAGAAUAGAAUGGAUGAAUUGGCUGUUGGUCUCCACGUCAUCACUAACAUCGUUAAGGGAAAAGCCCCUUUGACUGAAAGUGAGGAAGAAAAAGGAAACGAGGAUAAAAAAGAUGACGUCAAGAUUGAUAAGUUGCGCAUCGGCGGAAUGAAAGACGGCGACGCAUCCAAAAAGGAAACGAAAAAGGAACCAGAGAAGGAACCGGAGGAGAAACCCGACGGGAAUGGUGAUGGAAACGGGAAUGGGAACGGGAACGGAAAUGGGAAUGGUGGUCCCAACGGUCCCACUCCCCCUCCUAAGGACAAUGCCAAACCCGCAGAUCCGACUAAGCCAAAGAAAAAAGAAAAGGUGAAGAUGAAAUUGUCUUUUACUUUUUCUAAUAAGAAAGAAGAAAGCCUUCCACUCUGGAUCGCAGAGAUCCAGACCUAUGUUGGGACCGCACCGGUAGAAGAAGAGUCGCAAGUUGCGUUUACCACUUCUUGUAUGGGGGGUGAGGUGAAGCAAUGGGUUGAGGCGGAAGCAAAUGCCGUGGGGUUUGACGAUAUAGGUGAGUGGGCAAAGACUAUGACCUUGAAGCAGUUCCUUGCAAAAGUCGAGGACCGUUUCUUGGACAAGACUACGGUCGAUAAGGCCUUCGACCAACUCACCAUGAUAGGACAAAAGUCCUGGUCUUCAGUUGAGUCGUUGUUUCGUGAGGUUGACCGACUGUUGCAGGUUCCCGGUCUUAACCUGCAGGACUCUCAGGUCCUCUACAUUUACUCGCGUGCAUUGCCCGAACCGAUCCGAGGGCACUUGGUCGCCAAGGCCAAGUUCGGUAAGUAUAGUUACCGUCAGUUCCGCGACCUGGCGUUGCAGCGGGAACAAAUGACUUCGCAAGUCAAAGGUUCCUAUGCGGCUGCCGUAAAGAAUGGAGGAGGAGGCAGUCGGGGAGGCAUCGGCAAGCGGAUUUUAUGGCGUCAAAAGCGCCAAGAUCACACCCUCGUCGUAUUCGACGACGAUACAAUGGAGAAAUGGCCAUUGGAGAACGAGGGUGGUGGUGACAGCAGCAGUGACCCCGGAAAGGGGGAGGUCACCGCUGCGACGGUCAACAAGGGAGGACCGUCAUCGAAUACUAGACCGAAGGGGAAACCACGCUCCUUCCCAUACCAUCCUGGGAUUGCGGUCGACAGACCAUGGCUGAAGAUGGGACUAACCCGGGAGGAAGGUGAGCUGCGCCUUUGCAUCGACUACCGAGGGCUGAAUGCCGUCACCGUUAAAAACGCCGAACCUUUGCCAAGGAUCGACGAUCUCUUGGAUCAGUUGCAGGGUUGUCGASUCUUUAGCAARAUCGACCUUAAGUYUGGGUACCACCAGAUCGAGGUGGAUCCCGYCGAUCAGCAUAAGACCGCGUUCCGUACGAGAUAUGCUAAGGCUAGACUCAAGCUUGACAAGCUCAAGCACAGCAAGUGGACCGGCACCAUGCACAGCCUGCAACAGUAUGUUAGUAAACUCUUUGCUACUCCGGAUCUGGAGAUGACUGCGCAGUCCUGUCUGGAUGUGAUAAAAGGUACGGUCCCCUCUACUAUAAAAGAUCGCCUAGGGCUCGGACUCAGCGCAUAUACAGAUUGGCUUACCCUCAUCCGGGACUUAGUCAAGCUGGAGGCACAAGACCUCCCGGGUGGAUCAAGUGGCAAAAGGACCACCUGGCGCAAACGGUUUACAGGCAGCAACCGUUUUGCAGCACACGAUCUGCUGGAGCCUGAUGAGGAGACCCUCGUGGAGGAAUCUUCUCUUGAUGACGAUCAGGAGCAAGACUGCGGGGCAUCUUGCUCUUUGUCAGCCCAUGAGUCUGAGUAUGUGAACGACGAAGAGUCUAUGAACGCCUUCAAAAAGACUGCCUUUAAAAGUGGAUGCAAGGUCUUCAGCAAGAUCGAUCUCAAGUCUGGCUAUCACCAAAUUGAAGUCGAUUUUGCAGACCAGCAUAAAACUGCAUUCAAAACUCGCGAUGGGUUGUACGAAUUUACAGUCGUGCCCUUCGGUCUCACGAAUGCGCCAACCACCUUUCAAAGUCUCAUGGAUAAGGUAUUUCACAAUCAGAUCAACCGAUUUGUUGUUGUAUAUCUGGAUGACAUACUAAUCUUCAGCAAAUCGAUGGAGGAGCACAUGAGACACCUUGAGGAAGUGAUGCAGAUCCUCAAGGACUCGCAGCUCCAUCUCAACUUGGAGAAAUUUGAGUUUGGGAGGGACAACGUCAUCUACCUUCGACAUUGGUUGUCUGCUGCAGGCCUAGAGCCCGAGGCAACCAAAGUUGAGGUCAUCCAAAAAUGGCCUCAACCGGCGAAUGUCCGCGAGUUGCGUUUUUUUCUUGGCCUUGCAUCAUACUACUGUAAGUUUGUGCCUAAAUUUUAUAUCAUCGCCCGUCCACUGUCCAGAUUGACCAGCAAGAAUGUGUCCUACACAUGGGAUGGGGAAUGCACGACAGCCUUCCAAGCACUAAAGGAGGCUUUGGUGAGUCAUCCGGUGCUCCGCAUUUCAGAUCCCAAACUCACAUUCGUAGUAACUACGGAUGCCANGAGUCAUCCGGUGCUCCGCAUUUCAGAUCCCAAACUCACAUUCGUAGUAACUACGGAUGCCAGUUUGUAUGGGAUUGGUGCAGUGCUGCAACAAGAUGAUGGCGAUGGCUUACGUCCACUAGAAUUUUACAGCAAACGUAUGCCCAGUCACAAGGUAGCUGCCUCCACUUACAUGCGAGAGCUCUAUGCCUUGAGGGAGGCACUAGACCAUUGGAAGCACUAUCUGUAGGGUCGCCAUUUCAAAGUGUUC